CGCCCAGGAAAGUGCUUCGCCCAGCGGAGACGGGCAGGGGCGAUUUCGGUGACCGGGGGAGACAUGGCUGAGUAUACGCGGCUGCACAACUACCUGGCGUUGAUUCGCCUCCGAAACCCGCCGGUCAACACGAUCAGUGCCGGUAUACUCCACAGUAUAAAAGAGGGACUACAAAAAGCUAAAAAAGACCAGACAGUAAAAGCUAUUGUGAUUUGUGGAAAUGAAGGCAAAUUCUCUGCAGGUGCUGAUAUCCGUACCUUCAACAGACCUAGGACCUCUGGUAUUGAGCUGGGACCUAUGGUAGAUGAUAUACAGAGAAAUGAGAAGCCCGUGGUAGCAGCUAUCCAAGGCGUGGCUUUAGGAGGGGGUCUAGAGCUGGCUCUAGGCUGCCACUACAGGAUUGCCCAUGCAGAGGCUUAUUUUGCCUUCCCAGAAGUCACACUAGGAGUUCUUCCUGGGGCAAGAGGAACACAGCUUCUUCCCAGACUCAUUGGAGUUCCUGCUGCACUGGAUUUAAUAGUUUCAGGAAGAUUUAUUUUGGCAGAUGAAGCACUCAAGUUGGGUCUUCUAGAUAAAGUUGUCAACUCAGACCCGGUUGAAGAAGCAAUCAAAUUUGUUCAGAGAGUUUUAGAUCAACCUCUAGAAUCCCGUAGACUCUACAACAAGCCAAUUCCAAGCUUGCCCAACAUGGACACCAUUUUCAGUGAGGCCUUCUUGCAGGUGCGGAAGCAGUACCCUGGGUGCCUUGCUCCAGAGGCUUGUGUCCGUGCAGUCCAGGCUGCUGUGCAGUAUCCCUAUGAAGAGGGCAUCAAGAAGGAGCAGGAGUUGUUUAUGUACCUUCUGCAAUCAGGGCAGGCUAGAGCCCUGCAAUAUGCUUUCUUGGCUGAAAGGGAGGCAACUAAGUGGUCAACUCCCUCUGGAGCAUCCUGGAAAACAGCAUCGGCAAGACCCAUCUCCUCAGUUGGUGUUGUUGGCUUAGGAACAAUGGGCCGAGGCAUUGUCACUACCUUUGCAAAGGCCAACAUUCCCGUGAUUGCUGUAGAAUCAGACAAAAAACAGCUAGAAACUGCGAACAAGAUAAUAACUUCCAUAUUGGAAAAGGAAGCAUCCAAAAUGCAACAGAGUGGUCAAUCUUGGUCAGGACCAAAACCCAGAUUAACUACAUCUAUGAAGGAGCUUGGUGGUGUAGAUUUAGUCAUUGAAGCUGUGUUUGAGGAAAUGAACCUGAAGAAGCGUGUCUUUGCAGCACUGUCAGCUGUGUGCAAGCCAGAAGCUUUUUUGUGCACCAAUACUUCAGCCCUGGACAUUGAUGAGAUUGCUUCUUCCACUAAUCGUCCUCACUUGGUCAUUGGCACCCACUUCUUCUCACCAGCUCAUGUCAUGAAGUUGUUAGAGGUUAUUCCCAGUCGAUACACUUCUCCCACUACAAUUGCCACUGUUAUGUCAUUAUCAAAGAAGAUUAAAAAGUUUGGAGUAGUUGUAGGCAACUGUUUUGGAUUUGUGGGGAAUCGAAUGUUGAAUCCUUAUUACAAUCAGACAUAUUUCUUAUUAGAAGAAGGCAGUAAGCCAGAGGAGAUAGAUCAAGUGCUGGAAGAAUUUGGUUUUAAAAUGGGGCCUUUUAGAGUGUCUGACCUUGCUGGGUUGGAUGUGGGUUGGAAUUCUCGAAAGGGGCAAGGUCUUACUGGACCUAUGUUGUCCCCAGAAACUCCUGCCCGAAAGAGGGGCAACCGUCGAUAUUGUCCAAUUCCUGAUAUGCUCUGUGAAUUAGGACGAUUUGGCCAGAAGACAGGUAAGGGAUGGUAUCAAUAUGAUAAGCCAUUAGGUAGGAUUUGUGAACCUGAUCCCUGGAUUUCCAAAUUUCUAUCACAGUACAGAGAAACCUAUCACAUUGAACCACGUAUCAUUAGCCGGGAUGAGAUCCUUGAGCGCUGCUUAUAUUCACUUAUCAAUGAAGCAUUCCAUAUCUUGGGAGAAGGGAUAGCUGCUAGCCCAGUACACAUUGAUGUUAUCUACUUACAUGGGUAUGGAUGGCCCAGGCACAAAGGUGGACCUAUGUUCUAUGCUUCCACAGUUGGGCUGCCCACAAUUCUAGAGAAGUUACAGAUAUAUUACAGACAGAAUCCUGAUAUUCCCCAACUGGAGCCCAGUGACUACCUAAAAAAACUAGCUUCCCAUGGAAACCCUCCACUGAACGAAUGGCAAAGCUUGGCAGGCACCCCCAGCAGUAAAUUGUAAUUUAUCUUUCCAGGAAAUUAAUUCCAAAAAUCUAAAGUAAGAUUGUUGUGAAAUAAAAAAGCAAAAGAAAUGAUCAGUUGGCUAAGCCUCCUUUUUGAGUCUUCUGUCUCUGAUGACUCUAAUGAAGUGUUUUUCAACAUUUUUUAUCUCACGGCACACUUGAACCUAUAGUUAAACUUCCACAGCACACUUAAAUUAUGUUGGUCAAAUAAAAGAGUGUUAGCUGGGCAUGGUGGCUCACACCUGUAAUCCUAGCAUUCUUGGGAGGCUGAGGUGGGUGGAUCACUUGAGCUCAUGAGUUCAAGACUAGCUUGAACAAGAGUGAGAUGCCAUCUCUACUAAAAAAUAGAGAAACCAGCUGGGCAUGAUGGCUGGUGCUUAUAUUCCCAGCUACUUGGGAGGCUGAGGCAAGAGGAUCACUUGAGUCCAGAAGUCUGCAGUUACUAUUGUGAGCUAUGAUGCCACUGUACUCUACCCAGGGUGACUGAGACUCUGUAUUUAAAAAAAAAGCACGCUGUGCUUUUGAACUUCUUUCAAAAAUAAUUUAAAUCUUAAAAAAAAUUUAAAUCUUUAAAAAUUUUCACAGCACACAUAAGAUCCUCUCAUGGCACAUGUGUUGAAAAGUCACUAUUCAUCACUGUUCUAAUGGGUCAAAUCUUCAGGAAUGUACUUCCUAGCCCUCUGAAUCUGUUCCUGUCAUCAAUUCAAUGAAUUAACUUAUAUGCGUUUAAUACCAUACUAGCUGAUGAGAGAUCCUUAUGAAUCAUACAUACAUUCAACAAACUUGAAAUUUAUAGGCAAAACACAGGUGGGAAGUGGUGAGGGAACCAAGUACUUCAGAAUGGGAAACUCAGGGUAGCUUGCAAGUCAUGCUCAACAUAUUCUGUCACAGCCCCAGUUAUGUGUAUAUAGUGUGCUGCUGCUUGCAAGACAGUCAUUUCCCAAGUCCAGGGAAUGUCCACAACCUGGUCUCUCUGAUCUUUUCUAUUCACUGAGAAUAGAAAAUAGUGAAUUGUUAACAUAGUAUAAGAAGGGCUCUUAGAGGAGUGACGUAAUAGCCGCGCUCUUACGACUUCGGAAGGUCUCUGCUGCGUUUGCGCACAAGGAGCUGGUUGUCGCUGCGGCCGCCUGGAAUUGU